AAAACAAUAGCUCCUCUUGUGUGUUUUGAUAGUUGAACUUGAAAGUGAAAACAGAGUGAGUGACCGAAACAAGAAACAAGACUGACGAAGGAAAGAAGAAGAAGAAGAAGAAGAAGAAGAAGAAAAUGAGUCAUGAGCUGGUCGAGACUUACUCCUGCAUGCCAUCCACGGAGCGCGGCCGCGGGAUUCUCAUCUCCGGCGACCCAAAGUCCAACUCCAUGCUCUACACCAACGGCAGAUCGGUCGUCAUCAUCAACCUUCAAAACCCCCUCCAAGUCUCCGUCUAUGGGGAACACGCCUACCCUGCCACCGUCGCUCGAUUCUCCCCCAACGGCGAGUGGGUCGCCUCCGCUGACUCCUCCGGCACCGUCAGGAUCUGGGGCACCCGCAACGACUUCGUUUUGAAGAAGGAGUUCCGUGUCCUCUCCGGUCGGAUCGAUGACCUUCAAUGGUCCCCCGAUGGUCUCAGGAUCGUGGCCUGCGGCGAUGCUAAAGGGAAAUCUUUCGUCCGCGCUUUCAUGUGGGAUUCAGGGACCAACGUUGGUGAAUUUGAUGGUCAUUCCAGGCGAGUUUUAAGUUGUGCAUAUAAACCGACAAGACCUUUCCGCAUUGUCACUUGUGGAGAGGAUUUUCUGGUGAACUUUUAUGAAGGACCGCCAUUUAGAUUUAAGCAAUCUCACAGGGAUCAUUCAAAUUUUGUCAAUUGUGUAAGAUAUUCUCCAGACGGCAGUAAAUUUUUAAGUGUGGGUUCUGACAAAAGGGGUAUCAUAUUUGACGGGAAGAGUGGAGAGAAGAUUGGUGAGUUGUCUUCUGAAGGGGGGCAUACUGGCAGCAUUUAUGCUGUUAGCUGGAGUCCUGAUGGAAAACAAGUGCUGACUGUAUCUGCUGAUAAGUCUGCAAAAGUAUGGGACAUAUCUGAGGACAACAAUGGAAAAGUGAAGAAAACAUUGACUUGUCCCGGCUCUGGUGGAGUUGAAGAUAUGCUAGUAGGGUGCCUGUGGUUGAAUGAAUAUAUUGUCGCUGUUUCUCUUGGUGGGACAAUAUCUAUAUUUUUAUCAAGUGAUCUUGAUAAAGCCCCAACAUCAUUUUCUGGACACAUGAAAAAUGUUUCCUCCUUAACUAUUCUUAAAAGUAACCCUAGAAUACUCUUGUCCAGCAGUUAUGAUGGCUUAAUAGUUAAGUGGAUUCAAGGGAUUGGUUACAGUGGUAAAUUACAUAGGAAGGAGAACUGUCAAAUUAAAUGCUUGGCGGCUGUAGAAGAUGAAAUUAUUACAUCUGGAUUUGAUAACAAGAUAUGGCGAGUUUCUUUGCAUGGGGAUCAGUGUGGAGAUGCUGAAGCCAUUGAUAUCGGAAAUCAACCAAAGGAUUUUAGUGUUGCACUUCUUUCUCCUGAACUUGCUCUGGUUUCUAUUGACUCCGGAGUUGUCGUGCUGCGUGGUACCAAAAUUGUGUCAACCAUUAACCUCGGAUUUACUGUCUCAGCAACUGCUGUCUCUCCUGAUGGAAGUGAAGCCAUUAUUGGCGGACAGGAUGGUAAAUUGCAUAUAUAUUCUAUUUCUGGCGAUACAUUUGAAGAAGAGGCUGUCCUAGAGAAACAUAGGGGAGCUAUUAGUGUAAUUCGGUAUUCUCCAGACUUUUCAAUGUUUGCAUCAGGGGAUGUCAAUCGAGAAGCUGUAGUGUGGGACCGUGCCUCCCGAGAUGUGAAGCUUAAGAAUAUGUUGUACCAUUCUGCUCGGAUAAAUUGCCUGGCUUGGUCCCCUGAUAGCCGUAGGAUUGCUACAGGAUCCCUUGACACAUGUGUCAUCAUAUAUGAAAUUGACCAACCUGCAUCUAGUAGAGUUACCAUAAAGGGUGCUCACUUAGGCGGGGUUUAUGGCUUGGUAUUCUCUGACGAGUUCAGUUUGGUUAGCUCGGGUGAGGAUGCUUUUAUCCGUGUCUGGAAGAUAACCGCUCCAUGACCGACCAAUGUCAGAUUUGGAAGAAUUGAAUGUGGGAAAUGUAUUUGUUGGAUUCCAAAUUUACUCCUUUGGAAGGCUUCCAAGAUUUAAAACUGACAAGGGAUGCGCUUAUUACCGCGAGUUUAGGAUUGAUUGUUCAUAUUGCGAAAGGACUUGUUGCAAAUGGCAAGCUUUAGUUUGGUAUUCACUCUUGACUUCGCUCUAUGAAGUUGUGGCCAUUUACUUCUUGGCACUUUUAGAAGUAGGUUUGCUUUGUGAGUUUCCAUAUCUAGAGUAUGAUUGUGCCAGUGUACAUCACUGUCUUUAUAUGUCAUAGUUUUGCCCAAAGAUCUUGCUGAAUACAUAACAGGGUCUCAAUAUGGGUAGUGAGGGAUUUUGUGUUCAAGUGCUGAUAAACUAGAGAUCACUGGCAGAGAUUUCUCCCCAUCCAAAACCCUAAGGACCCCAUUUGUAUGCCAUUGUGUAUGUUUGUUGUUUGUUAAUUUAAAUACAAAUUUGAGGAAA